AUGGCGACGCGUUUUGCAGAGGGAUGGGCCCGAUUCAUUCCCAUGAUCGGGUACCAUCAUGUGUUGAUGAUUAUUAUUGCUGUUGCUAUUAUUUUGCUAUCUCUCCUGUUGGCUGGGUGCUCUUCAUCGUCCCCACAGAUUCCCGAUAUCUUCCUGAUAUCAUUGUACUAUGAAAAGUACGCCCCGUUAUUCGACAAGUCGCAGGUCGACCCUGGGGUGGUGACGGCCAUGUCCAAUAUCGUCGGCGCUGCUGAGCUGGAAGUCCGUGUUGGAUACUUUGGUAUCUGUGUUCAGCCCGAUGGCGGCUCGUUCAUCUGCAAUGCCAACGCCACGGCCCUGGCCGAGAUUGUGACUGUUGAUCAGGACCCACUCAACUUGAUUUGGGUUGCUUCGACCUUUAAGGACGCGGUAGUAUUCCCGUACCUCCUGAUUGUCGCCGUGGUCCUCGCCUUCUUCUGCUUCAUUCUCCUCGCAACUUUCCCCGGCUGGCACGAGGAGCGCGAUGAGUCCGGCUCUGACGUUGAGGUUAAACCUUUCCCUUCGCGACCCGUUUCCCAGGCCGCACUCGCCCUCAUCUUUAUCUCCUCCGUGUUUGUGCUCGUCUCAGUACUAUGGCAGCACACGGCAUCCGUGGCAGCGAGUACAAUCGCCCAAGACAUGGGUAACGGCAGCGUGAAGAGCGGUGUUGGUACUUCAGCCAUGGUGCUUGGUUGGUUCGGUUUCGUUCUUUUGGUCGUCGUGACCAUCGGUCUACUCGUGAUGAUCCUCAGCAUCAGUCUGAUUAGGAAACUGACGGAUGAAGAAUGA